GUGCCACUUGGCGGCCAUGGCAGCUGUAGUAUCGGUGGCUCCGGGUCGAGGCCCAGCGGAGUGGAGUAAUAUGGGCAGCACCGGGUAUAGGGCAGAGACAGCUUUGUAUCAGCUUCCCUGCUGAACCCCUAAGCCCAUCGUUAGAGACCUGCGGGACUCUUUGCCCGUUCUAGACUCGGAGGAGAGUUUGCCGGGACUGGUGGGCUGGUCCCAGCCUGGGGGAAGACUGCCCCGGGGACGUAGGGGCGCCGGGAGAACGAACAAGUCGGCUCGAGUUUUCCUUUUUCUUGCUGCCAUCUGGAACGUUGUCCGUGGAGGAAGUGGGCCCAUUGUGCCACCCCUCCGACGAUUGAAGAAAUCGCUCUUUUGCAUACCUUUAACCGUAAACCCCAGGGAAUCCAGUGACUGGCAUCUGAAAACGCAGGGGCCGGGACCUGAGAUUGCUGAAAGUUCUCUCUGGUGCUAAUAUCAGCAAAAAGGGGCUAGUUCCAGGCGCGUUCCAGAGAAAGGGGUUUCUGAACACAUCUAGUGGGGAGGACGGAAGACCUGGACAGUCCCCUUGUUCUGUUGGGAUCACUAUACGCGUUUAAGAACCUAAGGACCCUUUGAGGCCCCUGAAAAUUUGCAGUUCUGGUGGCGGUGGGCAAAUAAAGGAGGACAGAAUGGAUGAUUUCAUCUCCAUUAGUCUGCUGUCUCUGGCUAUGUUGGUGGGAUGUUACGUGGCUGGAAUCGUUCCCUUGGCUGUUAAUUUCUCUGAGGAACGACUAAAGCUGGUGACUGUUUUGGGUGCUGGCCUUCUCUGUGGAACUGCACUGGCAGUCAUCGUGCCUGAAGGAGUACAUGCACUUUAUGAAGAUAUUCUUGAGGGUAAACACCACCAAGUGAGUGAAACACAGAAUGUGAUUGCAUCAGACAAAGCAGCAGAAAUACCAGUUGCCCAUGAACAUGAGCACAGCCAUGACCACACACAGCUGCAUGCCUACAUUGGUGUUUCCCUUGUGCUGGGCUUCGUUUUCAUGUUGCUGGUAGACCAGAUUGGCAGCUCUCAUGUGCAUUCUACUGAUGAUCCAGAAACAGCAAGGCCCAGCAAUUCCAAAAUCACCACCACACUGGGUCUGGUCGUCCAUGCUGCAGCGGACGGUGUUGCCUUAGGAGCAGCAGCCUCUACUUCACAGACUAGCGUCCAAUUAAUUGUGUUUGUGGCAAUAAUGCUACAUAAGGCACCAGCUGCUUUUGGACUAGUUUCCUUCUUAAUGCAUGCUGGCCUAGAACGGAAUAGAAUCAGAAAACACUUACUGGUUUUUGCACUGGCAGCACCAGUUAUGUCCAUGGUGACAUACUUAGGACUAAGUAAGAGCAGUAAAGAAGCCCUUUCAGAGGUCAAUGCCACUGGAGUGGCCAUGCUUUUCUCUGCUGGGACGUUUCUUUAUGUUGCCACAGUACAUGUCCUCCCUGAGGUGGGCGGAAUGGGGCAUAGCCACAAACCCGAUUCCAAUGGCGGGAGGGGCCUCAGCCGCCUAGAGGUGGCCGCCCUGGUUCUGGGUUGCCUCAUCCCACUCAUCCUGUCAGUAGGACACCAGCAUUAAACGUCGGGUUCUGGCCUCAGGCCACAGCUCUUUGCCGUCCCAUGAGAACAGCCAGCACGUGACAGCUGCUCACUUCCUCAGUCUCUUGUCUCACCUUGCCCAUCUCCACCUGUAUUCCUAGAGUCCAGAGGGAGGUGAGAUUCAAACCUGGAGAAAUGGAAAGCUUUUAGAGUAGAAACAACACACUGCGACUGGAUAUAGACAUUCCGUUGUGUUGUUUUUUUAAAGGGUCCUAGGCAUUUUGAGUUUUGAUGUUUCUCUUAACCCUAUUCUCAGGGAAGGUGGAAUUUCAUUUUAAGGAAAAGUGGAGAACUUCAUGAACUCACCAUUAAAUAGUAAUUAUGAAAGUACAGUGUUCUGUAAUUAAGCUAAAUCUCUUUCUUAGUUUAGAGGCGCUGCCACUUACUUUAUCCAUUGAUUUUUAACAUGGUCCUCACCGUGUCAGACUGGUGCUUUAGCAUCUAUGCCACAUGCCUUGAUAAAGGUCAUAAUGCCCACUGUCUUAGAUGCUAAAGGUAAUUGUAGUUUAUUUGGGACAAGAGUCAGGAAAAUGACAGCAAGACGCAUGAAAAGCUGACUUUUUACUGAGAACUGUCCAUUGACAAGAGGAUGUCUGGAGAGACUUAACACCUCCUUUCACAUCUGCCUCUUUAAAGAGAGCCUGCCAUUCCAUCAAAUGGAGCAGCAGAGAUGGACUAGCGUCGAAGGAGGCGACUAGUAUUUCUUCUCAAGUUCUCCUUUGCAGAGUACCUGCCUCCAAUGCAGAGGAGCCAAGUUCUGGUAGGUUCAGGCCCACUCAGGCUUUCCUUUCAAGAACAGUCAGAUCCCAAAGUGUCUUUUGAAAUGAAGGGGUUUUAAUUUUAAGUGAAUUUGGAUAGUAACUGACAUCUUUGUAGUAAUCUUUUUAAAAGUAAGAUUACCAAAACCUAUGUUGUCCCUAUUUUUCUUUUUAAGUAUUUAUCUUAGCAGACUAGCAGUCCCUCUGGCAAAUCCUUGGUGUCCCUUGGGGAGUGCUAGGCCAGUGUCAUAUAAAUCCCUGUACCAGUGAAGAAAGUCAAGAUGUAUGACAAGUGGGAAGUGUUUGCCUCUUGAUUUAAAGCUUAUUGAAAUCAUGUCUCUUGUCUCUUCAUCUUUUCCAUGCUCUCCUCCUGUCUUCCCUCCCCCAGCCCCUCCUCCUUAUCUAUAAUUUGCUGCUUACUGCUGGUGGUGAUGUUAGUAUCUGUGUGAACUGAAUUCUCAUCAGGACAACCACUUCUUGAACUGUGAUGAUGAAGAUAACAUUGUCUCUGUUCUUUAUUCCUUCAGUGAAGUUACCUUUGUGUCAAAUGCAACUUUGUUAAGCCCUUAAAAUAUCACUUCCUCAUAUGUGAGAUGACACAAUCACUAAUAUUCUGGUCAUUUGAACAGUUGAGAUAGUAAAAGUGUUUAACAAACUGGGAUAAUUUUUCCAUAUUUGCCAAAAUCCCUGUAAACUUUGUGUUAUCAACUAAGUGUAUGAUACUGUGUCAUUAAUUUAUUUUGAUUUUCUGUACCAUUUCAAAACAUUAUAUACAGAGGGAACCAAGACUAUUUUCUUCAGGGCAGUGGGUUUAGGAGUUCGUAAAAUGUUUUAUAUAGCGUAUAUGCCAGCAUGCCUUUAAUUUCUUUAUUUCCUUCCUAGAUUUGUCACUGGGUCAGCAGCUAUGGAAAUAGAACUUGCGAGCCCUCUGCUGGCUGUAGACCAAAGUAGCAUAAAUAGGAUCUGGUUUUGUAUAGUGGCUGGCAACCAUUGCAUAUGAUAUUAAAACCAACAAAGGUACAGUCUGGAAAGUCUGAGUGACUUUCCUGAUAACAACUCUGAGGAAUCAUGGGGCUUUGUCUGAUCCUUUAAGAUGUCAUGGUUGCCUUGAUUCUCCCUGGAAAUGUACUUUGUUAAAUAAACAGUACAUCCUAG